AAUUGACACAGUCACCAAGUCAAAAUAAACAGGACUUGUGUUUUCUUCUAGUUAGGUUAUGUAUGAAAUACGUUUAAUAUUUUUGGCUAGUUUGUAAUAAUUGCUUCCCAAUUCAUCGCCAAUAAUGUUACGUCGCUUCACGACUUGUUUAAUUCAAUCUCGAGGCAUAAAAAAUCAAGUAAAAGUGAAAUGGGUGAGGCCUCCCUAUGUGCCUGCUUACAAAGCCGAAAGAUCUGGGGACUUAGAGGGCCUUCCACCUAUUCCCACAGAUGCAGUAGCUAAAGAAUAUGCCCAAAGCGAGGAAAUAAAAGAUGCAUCAGAUGCAGUAAAAAAAAUAUUUUCUGUAGCACAUAUGGGCCAAAAGGAAUAUAAUGCUUUAGUUAUACAAGAAUUAAUAGACAGAGUGAGAAGACAUAAUUAUGAUGAAAGAACAGCGGAAACAAGAAUUGCCAGAAUCACGGGCCAUAUUAGAUGUCUUCAGAGCACCAUGGAGAAAUUUCCCAAAAAUGUGAAAGCAAAGCAAACAGUCCAAGAACUCAUUGACAAAAGGAAGAAACUACUAAAGUUUCUACGCCAGUAUGACUACAAGAAGUUUGAAUGGCUGCUAGAGAAACUAAAUAUUGAAUAUAAAGCAUUCCCGGAAUCAUAUCACAAAUUAUCUCGCAAAGAGUCACUGAGGAAGCUGACAGAACUGCACUGUGAAGAAAUACGAGACAAAAAGCUUGCUGAUUACCGGAACUUAUUGGAAAGUCAACAGGGGCCAUUCCUCGAAGAUAAGUUGAAAGCAUUGAAGUUCAUCAAGAGCGAACAAAUGGAACUCAAGCUGCCAGUAACGAUUACUGAUCAAGAUAUUAAGAAGAUUGAGAAACAGCUGGAGGAAUGGAAGAUCAAAGAUCAGAUCAAACAACAAGCGAAGAAAAAGAAGAAGGAUCUGGUGCUAGAUUUGGAUUGAGCCUUGCAAUUGUAAAUAAAUAAUAGUAGAUGCCACAA